AUGGUUGGAACUGCCCGUCCCAACCUUCAUUACUGCCCUUGCAGACAUAGACUGAUGAUCACCAUUGCCAUGGGAGCAGUGCGAGUCAACAGAUACAGCAUUGUUUCCACAGAUGAAGAUGCCCUGAAGAUCUCAACCUUGGGCCUCCACAAUGGCCACAGUCCUCUGACUCAGCAGACCUUGACGGGGUUGUGCAUGCAGACCCAGGACGAAGGAGCGGGAAAAUAUCCUGCGGGCCAAGAAGGACGAGGGGCUCUAUCUCUGAGAGUGCCGGACGACUCCACGGUCAACAGGUGCCGGGCUUCGCCGUCAUGUCGACACGCCGGCGCCGACCUGGUCACCUGUCACCUGCGCAGCCGAUUCGUGAAAAAGAACGGCCAGUGUAACGUGGUUUUUGAUAACAUGGAGGAUAAGCAACGUCGAUACCUGGCUGAUAUUUUUACCACCUGCGUGGACAUACGCUGGCGUUACCUGCUGCUCAUCUUCACCGCCACCUUCCUUUUGUCCUGGUUGUUUUUUGGUUUGGUCUUCUGGGGAGUGGCGUUGGCUCAUGGAGACUUUGACCUUCACUUCCCUACGAAGGAAGGAGAUUCUCAGAGCAAGUCGGAGGACAGGCGGGACGAGUGGCGGCCAUGUAUCCUACACAUCCAAGGCUUUAUCGGGGCGUUCCUCUUCUCCGUAGAAACGCAGACUACCAUUGGAUAUGGUUUUCGUUGUGUCACCGAAGAAUGCCCAGUGGCUGUGGUGACCGUGGUGGUGCAGUCCAUCGUGGGCUGCAUCAUUGACUCCUUCAUGAUAGGCACCAUCAUGGCCAAGAUGGUGCGUCCCAAAAAACGGGCUCAGACUCUGCUAUUCUCACAUCACGCUGUCAUCGCCUUGCGGGAUGGGAAACUGUGCCUCAUGUGGCGCCUGGGGAACAUGCGGAAGAGCCACAUCGUGGAGGCUCAUGUGCGCGCCCAGCUCAUUAGACCCAAAGUGACCGCUGAGGGCGAGUACCUUCCUUUGGAGCAGACAGAUAUCGACGUCGGUUACGAUGACGGUCUGGACCGGUUGUUUCUAGUGUCGCCGCUGGUGGUGGUCCACGAGAUCAACAAGACCAGUCCUCUGUAUGACCUGAGCAGUGCUGAUCUUCAGAAGGAAGACUUUGAGAUUGUGGUCAUCCUGGAAGGCAUGGUGGAAGCCACGGCGAUGACCACUCAGGCCCGUAGUUCCUAUUUGGCCAAGGAGAUCUUGUGGGGUCACCGUUUUGAACCGGUGGUCUUUGAAAAGGGGAACCGCUACCACGUGGACUACUCUAGCUUCCACAAGACGUACGAAGUGCCAACCACACCACACUGCAGUGCCAGGGAGCUGAGUCAAAGGGAAGGUCACAGACGGGCGUCCUCGUCCUCCGCUUCGAGUUCCUCGCGGUCCCCAUCACCUCUUGCUCCGAGGGCAGCCCGCCACCUCCUAGGUCUUCAUUCCCCGAGCGCUUUCUGUUAUGAAAAUGAAGUUGCACUUUGUUGCGGAGACGAUGAAGACGAAGGGGAGGUAGACAGCCUAGGGGUCAAAGGUGACAGAGGAGCAAGUUUGCAAGAUGACCUUCCCGUGGGAUUCAAGGAGACAUUUGUAAAGGAUCAGAUGGUUGAGAUGCUGUGUGUGCUGGACACUCAGAACCAGAUCAGUCUGGAUAAACUGCAGCCCGAUCUCCCUUUAUACGUCAGUCGAGAGUCUGGAGUCUAAAGCUGACGGCAAGCCAAAGGCUAACCUCAUUGCACUAAUGGUGGAUACAAAAAAUCAGUUCACUUUUUGAACUAUACAAGGAAGGAUCGUUUUGCUGGCAUGGGUUUUGAGAAUUGUACAUUUUCAUUGAUUGAUCGAGGUAUCGAUUAAUUUCCUUCGACAAGUUCAU